CUGCCCCCAAAUCCUUGACCUUUAGUUCGCACGCCUACAUACCUUUGGUCCGCGCUGAUCAAGAACUGGAGACCGUGGUCUGUAACCUUAAACAGUGGGAGCUUUCUGCUUAAAAUUCCUUGGAAAUCUCUUUGAAAAGUUGCUGCUUUUGAUAUUCAAAACUUUCUCGAUGGGAAGUGGGGGGCAUUGAGGACUUGCAAUAUUAGCUCACCCCCUACUUGUACCGAUAGUAGAAUCAUAUGUACCGAAGGAAUAUUUUGCAUGACUGCUCAAUUGACCCCCUCCAUUUAAGAGCCUCGGCCUCACGAUGAGUACUAUAGAUAGUACGUGCCUCCCUUUAAUGGAUAGAGCAUUCUGCAGGCCAGAAUUUAUUGCUCAUGAUAAUAGGUUUUCCCUUCACUGAAACAAUGAGUCAAUUGAGGAAAUAUUGACCCAGGGUGGUUGUCAGUUUAAAAAAUAGAAGGUUUUGGGUUGAAGUACAAUAGAUAAAGUAGUCAUUGGAAAUGCUGGCUAAUAUAGAGAAGUAUUUGUGUGGAAAGGGUAGGCCAUUGUCCAUUUCUUAUUAAUAGCUCGAUAGUGGCAAGCGACAUGAGAAAGCAUCAGAGGAUGUACUUGAAAAAAAUAUAAUAAAAUAUUUUAGUAUUUUGUCUCCCCAGUACCUGUUUGUUGUAUAGUUUCUCUUAAAAAUACGAAAUAAAAAUUAGUAGAAAUUUGAACAUAGUGAAUAGAUAAAGUGUAAUAAAGUGUUGUUGAUUAAUAACUGAAAUUCUACGAAGAGCCAACCAAUUUUAAUAACGAAACAAUGGCUGAGAACGUGCGUGUAGUUGUCCGGUGCCGACCCAUGAGUCAAAAGGAGUUAGAUGCACAUUGUAAGAAUAUCGUGCAAAUAAAGGACUGCAUGGUGAGCCUUGAAAAUCCAAAUGAUCUCUCAACCCCGGCUAAAAGCUUCACAUAUGAUAGUGCCUAUGGUGCCAAUGCGCCCACUGAAGCUUUAUACAACGACAUUUGUUAUUCUCUAGUCGAGAAUGUCCUAGAAGGAUACAACGGUACGAUUUUCGCCUAUGGACAAACUGGCUGUGGAAAAUCCCAUACAAUGCAAGGUCCAGAAAUAGUACGUGAUACCACAAUCGGAAAUGAUAAUGAUGUUGUUUCCACAUUAACAUCACAACGCGGCAUAAUAUCACGAUCUUUUGAUCAUAUUUUCGAGGCAAUUUCAGUUGCAACAGGUGUACGAUAUCUGGCUCUAGUCAGCUAUCUAGAAAUCUAUAAUGAAAAUCUUCGAGAUCUACUAAACCCGGACGAUAGCUCAACCAAUAUUCAACUUAAGGAAAUACCAGGUGAAGGGAUCAUUGUACAGAAUCUCUCAACACAUACUGUCCACAAUUCUCAGGAAUGUGAUGCUUUACUUAGGCAAGGGAACAAAAAUCGAGUUGUUGGAGCGACCCUCAUGAAUGCCGGUAGCUCGAGAUCGCACUCAAUUUUUACGAUAAGUCUGGAACAGAUUCAAAUUCAAGAUAACAGUAAUCCCGUUGAAUCCAACAAUACUCCCGGAAUUCGAAAGGGAAAACUGAACUUGGUGGACUUGGCAGGCUCUGAACGCCAGAACAAGACUGGAGCUACUGGUGAACGACUAAAAGAAGCCACUAAAAUCAACCUUUCUCUAUCCGCAUUAGGAAAUGUUAUCUCCGCCCUAGUCGAUGGAAAAACGAAGCACAUUCCUUACCGAGACUCAAAACUGACACGUCUCCUACAAGAUUCACUCGGGGGUAAUACCAAAACCCUCAUGAUUGCCUGCAUUUCACCGGCUGAUUAUAACUACGAUGAGACCCUGUCGACUCUGCGAUACGCCAGCCGAGCCAAAAAUAUACACAAUAAACCCGUAAUAAAUGAAGAUCCAAAAGAUACUAUGCUUCGUGAAUACCAGCAAGAGAUCAUCCAACUUAAAAAACUCUUAGAGUCAAGUGAAAAGGGUAUCCCUCCCAACAAGACUGGUCCUGAUUCGGCGGAACGUGAGAAAUGGCUAGCAAUCGAGCGAUCCAAGUUACGUGCUGAGUAUGAAAAGGAAACCAUGCGCCUGAAAUCUGAACACGAGGUUCAACAAAAAGAAAAGGAAGAUCUAGUCCGAAGUAUGGAACGCCUUAAAACGCAUUACGAACAGCAACUUAAGGACCUGAGCCAUGUAAUCAACAACCCCAAUAGCAACGUUGUCGAAAUUAACAACAACUCAAUUGAGAGCAGCAAUGGGACUUCCAUCGUAAAUCCACCCUUAAAUUCGGACUCUGAUAGAGUAAUAAGACGCGAAAUGAUACAACAAGAAGCUCUUAAUCGAAUUGAAGCAAUAAAAAAUGCCCUAAUAGGAGGCGAACGUGCCAAUGAUGCGCAAUUGAAGGAGCGACGUAUCAAAAGGAAGCUUGCCGCCCAGCGGCGACUAAGUGCCCUGGCUCAAGUUUUGAGCCGCGUGGAAGAAUCAUCAGAUCGUGAUCUUCUGCAGGAACACUAUAGCGACAUACAACAUGAAUUAAAAGUUAAGACUGAUGCAUUGAAACAAUGCAGAAUGAAGGUACGAGCACUUGAAAGGGAGGUAUCCGAUUUACAAUCUGAAUUUCAAUUGGAUCGAGCAGAUUACCUAGAGACCAUUCGUCGUCUUGAAAAGAACUUAAAAUUUUAUCAACAGAUAAUGGACAAAGCCCUGCCGAUACUAAGAAAGGAUGGCAAAUAUUGGGAUCUUGACCAAAUCCAAGCCGAUUCAUUUUGGAAUGAUGAUAGUAAAAAAUGGCGACUACCUGAAGAUAUGAUGCAUCGGUUUCGAUUGCCACCAGCAACUGCUUCCUCUGCAGCUGUUACACCAAAGCGUCCACUUGGCGGUAAAUUAGGUCCAGAUCAUGGUCAGGAAUGCAACUCGGACGAGAACUCACAAGGUGGAGAGGGACCUAACGAUGAGGAAAACCAGCAGGACAUAGCAGACUAUUACUUUCGACCAAAAAGAGCAGCCGAAUUGAUGCAUCAACGGAAAGGUUUUUAUAAUUGGAAAGGUUUCAGUAGUGCUCAUAACUCUAGAAGAUUGAAACAUGAAACAGAAUUCACGGCUCGGCAUUCUCGUCAACAAUCAGGGAAUCCGGCAUCGUCCUGGUAUGCAAAAUCAGCCAGAAAAGCAAUAACUUCAUCUCCUACUUCACCGCCCUCAUCGGCAGCCCCACAGUCGGCCGCGCCAUAUCAUCAUCACUCCUCAGGCAAUAACAACAUGAUCGGCAGUUUUAAUUCUACAAAUGGCAUACCAUGGCUACCGACAACACACAAAACUUUGGACAAUUUAACGGAGGAACUGCUGGCACAUGGCACCGGGUUGAAAUCGGCUGGAACAGGGAAUAUACAAGGCAGACAAAAUUUAGCGCAUUCCAGUAAUGGAUUAAAUAAGAAUGUUGACAAUUUGCAGAUAGUAAAUGUACGAGCGGAAAAGGAGAUACCGAUGGGGCAAACACAACAACAACUUUUACCCUCCUUACGGAUUAGAUCAACGGAUCGUUUGAUACUAUUGGGACAACAGCGCAAGCCACGACAUUUAAGGGCGUUGCAUCAUAUUAGGAAGGCGAAUACAUAGUGCAAAUGGCUGGAUAUUCUGUCGCAGAAUACGAUAUACUGAAUAUGGGUGCCACAUUUGAAACUAGCUCUUUGCACGACAAGAUUUUUGUUUUUUAUAUUUUUCAUGUUGGUGAAUAAAUACAUGAAUUCUGUACAAAAAUUCAAUUAAGGAAAUAUAUAAAG